UGAUAUCUCUCAGUUUACUGAAUUGUUAAUAGCAGCACUAAAGAAGAAUUAGAAAUCAAGUUCUUUAUAUGCAAUAUUGAGCUUCUGAUCUUAUCAUAGAAUAAGAAAAUGGCUAUGCCAGAGUCUAGAAGAGGAAAUGACAUCAAUCAAAUAAUCCAUUCAAGGAAAAGAAAUGCAAUAGCAUCCAUUUAUAUCAUUCUUGAAAACAUUUCCUUUUGGCCAUCCUUCUAAGGACAAAUAUUUAAAUUGUUUGUCAUUCAACUGAGAAAUAAGAUGGAUGAAUGUGUCUUUUUCUUGCUACCCAAUUAUGUUAUUUCUAUAAAAUUAAUGUCCUUUCUAGGAUUUGAUUUGGUGUGUUGUGUAUGUAUUUCUUUGUCCAAAUGAAUAGUGAACACUAAAGAGCCAAGUAAGAAGCAUAUAUAGUCCUUGAACAAUCACAUAUGGUAUUGUCUUUAUAGGUUAAGGAGGCUAAAAAAUAAAGAAAGAAAGAAAAAAGCAAAAACAAAAAAUAGAUGGUGAGCUAGUUCAUCAUACAUGUAUUAUACAAUGAUUUUUCCUUGUUGCAAAUCUUAUUACACAAGUGGGCUCUAUUGUUGUUAUUUUCUUUUCUUAAUGGUUAGAACUUAAACAGAUCACAUGUAUAAACGUAUCAAACUCUAAUAUAUGACUUGGAAGACAAAGCCAUGUGAACUUCAAAUGCUUUAUGUCUCUUGCACACAUGUCAAACCUUCCCAAGUCUCUUCAGAACCACUUAUUUAGAGGCCUUAUUAGAUAUGGAUGCAUUCCAAUACUCCAUCCAUCUAUAUAAGGCUACAUAACCACAUAACUAAAUCAUCAAGUCCUCACAUUCUCUACUACAAAAUAUUGUUGUGAAUCUAAUACAAUUCUUCUAAAGAAAAAUCAUACAUAGUAAUAUCAACAUGGCAUUUGGAUUGACUCGUUUUGUUCAGGGUAAGAAGGCUCUUCGAAGAUCGCUUUCAGGCAUCAAAGAAGCAACUUUGAAGUGUUCAACCAUUCCAAAAGGCUACUUUGCAGUCUAUGUUGGAGAAGAUCAGAAGAAGCGUCAUGUAGUACCUCUUUCGUAUCUAAAUGAGCCUUCAUUUCAAGACUUGCUUAGUAUGACUGAACAAGAAUUCGGAUAUGACCAUCCAAUGGGUGGACUCACAAUUCCUUGCAGUGAAGACUUCUUUAAUGAUAUCACAUCUCAGUUGAACUGAUGAUGUUAUUUGUAGUACUGACAUAGAUUCAUAGAAAACAAUUUUGUAGAUCAUAUACUUUCAACCUUUUUCUUACAAAGAAAAGG